AUGGGUGAUUCUAUGCUUGCACUUGCUUAUAGUCCUUUGCUGUUAGUUUUGGGCCUAGUGAUAAGCAGUUGGUUGAGAGAUUGUGGAGUAAUCCGGAAAGAGUCUUUGCUUUCAACAUGGUUUAACAAUAGUCCCCAACAUGUUUGCACACAACCUGAUAAGGUUGGCCACUACAGUGUCUCCUUCAAAUGUAUACCUGUUCGGGAUGAUGGUAUGAUUGGUGAACCUAGGGUCUGCAUGGGACAAGAGCGGGUUCGUGCUGGAAGCCCAAGGUUAAUUUCAUUGCAAAUAGCUGGCAAGUCUAUUGAAGGAUCAACAUUGGUAGCUGAAAAAUCAUAUUGGGGUGGUGCAGAGGGAGAGUCAGUUUUUCGCUGGUUUCGGAGUGAUUCAGGUGGGCAACAAAUGGAAAUUAAUGGUGCUAUCACAGCAUCAUACACACUUUCGGUUGAUGAUGUUGGACACUAUAUAUCAGUAUCCUGUGAACCAAUUAGAAGUGACUGGGCACGUGGUCCAGUAGUACUCUCUGAACAAUUUGGUCCAAUAGAUCCUGGUCCCCCGUCUUGUGAGGCACUCAGCUUCUCAGGAUCAAUGACAGAAGGAGAACGAUUGACCUUUAGUGCAUCAUACACUGGAGGGGUAAGAUGCGACUGCUACAUUGAGUGGUUUAGAGUACAAAACGAUGGUUACAAGAAGAGACUGUCUGCCAAUGAGUUUCUAGAUUUAGCUCUUGAUGAUGUUGGGAGUUGCAUUGAAGUAAAUUUCACGCCUGUUCGGAACGAUGGAGCUAGAGGAAUUUCCCAGCGAAUUAUAUCUGAUAUUAUCAUGCCCGCUGAUCCUGUUGGUUUAGAGCUUACAAUAUCUGCUUGCCAUGUGGCUGAGGAAGUGUUUCCACGUAAGAGAUACUUUGGUGGACAUGAAGGUAUAGGAGAAUAUAUAUGGUAUAGAACAAAAAAGAAGCUUCACGGAUCUGAUUUGAGUGGUAUAUCUGAAACAUAUGAUGAUGUUAUAAUUUGUGGUCGAGACGUUACAUACACACCGUUUCUGGAUGACGUGGGGGAAUAUUUAGUUUUAUAUUGGGUUCCGGUACGCAAAGAUGGGAAACCCGGCAAGCCAUUAGUUUCAGUUUCUGAUGAUCCAGUUGGCCCAGCUCAUCCUGUAGUACAAAAUAUUUGUGUCAAAGCCUUGAGUUUGAGCACUUUCUCUGGUGAAGGGGAGUAUUGGGGCUAUGAAGGAUCAAGUCUGUUUAGCUGGUAUAGAGAAACAGCGGAGGGCACUAUUACUUUGAUAAUUGGGGCUGAUUCUCAGACUUAUGAAGUCACAGAAUCAGAUUACAAUUGCCGUUUGCUGUUUGGAUACACACCAGUUCGUUCAGAUUCAGUUGUUGGAGAACUCAGGCUCUCUGAUCCAACAGACAUAUUCUGCCUGAAUUCCUUGCCUUCUACCUUAGAACUAUUGAAAAUUGAGAUGGUUGCUCUCACUGGAAAAGCAAUGGAAGGAGAAAUGCUCACUGCUGUUGAAGUCAUUCCAAAUAGUGAGAGCCAACAAAAAGUUUGGAGCAAGUACAAGAAAGAUGUCAAGUAUCACUGGUAUUAUUCUUCAGAUUCUGGGGAUGCCAGAUCCUGGGAAAUGUAUUCUUCAGAGAGUUCCUGCUCUUACAGAUUGUGUUUUGAAGACAUUGAUCGUUACCUGAGAUGUGAGUGCAUUGUUACUGAUGUCUUUGGAAGGUCAAGUGAUCCUGUAUAUACUGAAAGUACUCCUGUAUUGCCAGGAAUCGCUAGAAUAGAUAAACUGGAGAUUGAGGGAAGAGGAUUUCACACUAAUUUGUAUGCUAUCCGAGGAGCUUAUAGUGGAGGCAAAGAAGGCAAAAGUAAAAUACAAUGGCUUAGAUCCAUGGUUGGCAGUCCUGAUCUCAUCUCUAUACCUGGAGAAAUGGGAAGGAUGUAUGAAGCUAGUGUUGAUGAUGUGGGAUACCGCCUAGUAGCAGUAUACACUCCAGUAAGAGAAGAUGGAGUUGAGGGAAAGUCUGUCUCAGCUUCAACAGAGCCAAUAGCAGUUGAACCUGAUGUUCUUGAAGAAGUGAAGAAAAAGCUUGACCUUGGUUCUGUGAAGUUUGAGGUAAUAUGCAACAAGGCUCCAUCAUCCAAAAAGAUUCUGGAUACUGGGGGUCUUGAGAGGAGAAUUUUGGAAAUUAACAGAAAGAGAGUCAAAGUUGUGAAGCCUGGUUCCAGAACUUCUUUUCCGACUACUGAAAUGCGUGGCAGUUAUGCCCCCCCAUUCCAUGUGGAGGUUUUCCGCAAUGACCAACACCGAUUGAGGGUUGUCGUCGACAGUGAAAAUGAAGUAGACAUUAUGGUGCAUACACGCCACUUGAGGGAUGUCAUUGUGCUUGUUUUCCGAGGAUUAGCUCAAAAGUUCAACAGCACGUCUCUAAAUUCUUUGCUGAAAAUAGAAACAUAGGAAUUCAUUCACCUUUUGAAUGUCUUUAAAAUGUCAUUUUAUCAAUGUUAGUGAGGUUUCCCUUUCGUUUCCUUGUUUGUAUGGAAAUCAUUGCUAUACUUCGUCAUAGUUAACGGAAGUCGUGUACAACUUUGCUUGUGGCUUGUCAAAUUCUUUUUUUGGGUUUAUACAAGAGAAUGUAAUUAAAUACAUUCUUCAAUUACUUUUGAUUA